CAAGUCUAACAAUUUCUACCUCGCUCUACUUCUCACGAUGCUCUUCCUCUGUGUGCUGCCGGUGAGUUAUGCUAUUGUAUGGCUACGUCCCUCAUGGCACUGUGGACCAUUCUCAAAUUAUAAUCGAAUCUCAGAAUUCGUCACCAAUGCGACCAGGGAAGCUCUACCUAAGGAGCUUCAUAGACCUUUGAGUUAUUUGACUUCAGCAAGUACUGUUAUACCGCUGCUGCUUCUACUAAUCCUGAUCAUCUAUUACCUGGUCUCAUUGACGGGCGCGUUGCGGGAGGCUAAUCAAGAUUUGAGAACACAGCUUCAAAAGGAGCGUGAAGAAGAGCGAAAAAAAAUCUUCAAGGUACCUGAAAUGAAACCGACUGAGAAUAGCGCAGCAGCACUGACCAGCAGAUGGCGCAAAGUUCUUGAGGCUUCAUCCCCGGUCACACCAACACCACCCCCAGAUUUUGAGAGUGAAGAAUACAAAAAUCAGGCAAGGAAAGAACUGAUUUCACGUAUCAUGAAAGAGGCUCUGCGAAAGGGUUCGGCUACCUCGGAUGAUGAUUCCGUUAAUAGACAUGGCAGGGAAGAUGAUGAUACUGAUACUGAACACCACGAUUCCCUGCCACAUGACGAAGAUGGAGGAGACAAGAAUUUAGGUUUGACGAAAUUGCAACAAAUAAGACGAACGCGCAAGCCUUCCCUUAUAGACAUCGUACAAAUUGCCAAGAGCGAGAGGGAGCGAGAGCAACGAGCUUCAUUGUCAGUGAAAGAGAGAAGUAAAUGUAAGAAAGAUAAAGAUAAAGAGAAAAACAAGGAAAGAGAUGUAGAGAAAGGAGAAUAUGAAGAUCAACCAAAAACAAAUAAGGCAGAGAAUGGAAAAAAUAUCGAUAAAAGAAAAGAAGCGGCCAAAGACGAAAGAAAUAGACGAAGGGUGGAGAAAGCGGAGGAAGAAAAUAAUGGAAAGGGAAGAAACAAAGAUUUCAUUAAUGAUGAAAAUGGUGAUGCAGCAUUUGAUAAGCGCAUUUUAUAUGACAAGGAUAAUGGAACAUUUAAGCUUAAUGCUGAUAGCAAGAAAACCCAAGCUAAAAAAAAAACAGGCCAAAAUUGCAAUGCGCCAACGCAACAAUUAGAUACCGAUAACGAUCCCGACACCAACACUCGCAUUGUAAAUGAACGCAGACAAAGCUUAUUGCGUAAAAGAGGCGAAGAAGAUCGACCAGCAGAUAGCGACAACACUCCAUCGCCUUUGAUGCCAGAUAAUCAAAGUACUUCCCUAAUCCCACCAUCAAUCGAUGAGGUGAAAAAUAGUAACUUCGAAAUUAUAGAUGAGAAACAAUGGGAAAACAACUGCGAAAAAGAUAGACCACUUCCAAAGCAUAGAUCAUUCAGUGUACGUGGCGGUACUUUUAAAAUACGUCGCCAAAAGUACAAACCAACAGAAGGCAGUGUUUUUAAAUUUGAUGAGAAAUCAGUUGGAAGCACAAAUAACGACAAGCUCGAUAAACCAGGAAGUGAUCCACCCAGCAGUGCAACGACACCAGCGCCAGCCCGGUUCAGUGAUGGUCUAGCAACACCAACGUUUGUGAACUCAGAAAAGCUUUUCAAUCUUUCGCGUCAAAGUCGCAAGAAAAUCGGCACACUUUUUGCACUAGUCCGCGACACAGUUAACACCAAAUGGAACGAUGUCGAGCUAUCGCCUUGCAGCAGCGCUGAGCCAAUUACACCAACAACACAGACAACACUUGCCUCAGCAAACGAUAACAACACUGGCACUAUCGCAAUCGAGAUACCACCAUCGCCUGAGGUUGAAACCACACCCAAACCCCAAUUCCCUACCACGAUUCCUGAGAUCGCUGCAAUACCGAAAGAUACAGAACCUAAUCAUCCAUUAGAAAUCCCAAGUGCGAUUACAACAAAACCUGUCGAUCUGUAUGAUCCAGAAGACCUGGACAAGCCUGGGGCCAUAAAAUUAACACAUAACAACGCGACAGAGCGACGUAAGCCCAUUGGACGUACACAAGCUGCACGUCAGGACUCACAAACUUCAGUAUGGUCCGAUAAUAUACCAAUAAUAACAAUCAGUACAACGGGAAGUGAUGAGUGCAUCGCUCAAGCAGAUCCAGAGAAAAGGUUGUCAUCACCAGUUGCCCCAGCGAGGUCAGUCACUGCUACGAAAGAGAGUGUAGUCAUGACUGUCACAACAUCAGGGCUCCCAACUCCCGAUCCUAAAGAAAGGGACAUUCAAAUUGGCAUCGAAGACAAAUAAUAAUUAAAAGCUUUAGAAAGUAGUACCUUGCGGAAUUAUUUCAUUAUUAUUCUAGAUACUUAAUUAUUUUAGUAGCAAUUAUCAGACUUACAUAUUCAGUUGCGUAUGUAGUAUGCGAGAUCAUAAAGCCAAACAAAUUUUGUUUCAGUAAUUUUAUGAAACCA